UUAACUGUUCUGUUUCUUAGACAGAAUGAUUGUAGAGAAUUGUUGUUCAUUUUUGACCUAAUGAUCUUGAGAUCUGCAGUUGUUUAGAAACAUUACAAGAGACAUUACUAAUUUGUGUGCAUCUAUGAUCCUCUUUCUCAGAUCUGCAUUGAACUCCUUGGACUUUCCCCAAACAAAGCCUUUUUAUUCUGACAGAGAGAAGCUAGCUACCAGUUGUAGUUAAUCAUGAUAAAUAUUAGGAUGUUGAGAAACUUUGGCCUUGACAUGUUCAAUAUUUUUGAAACUUUCAGUUAUAAUGAUUUAAAUUUGAGUAGAUAAUUGUAUAUUUUUGACCCUGUAUUGAUUUCAGAAGAACAGAAGAUAUUUUUUAUUGUAACUAAAGUUGUAUGUUCUACAAUCAUUCUGCCCCAGUAAAAUAGCAGUUAAAAAACAUGAAAGCCCAGUAUUGCCAUUGCAUUCAUGUCUACAAUGAGUGUAUAAAUGUCUGAACUGUAACUAUCUAGUUUGCCAGUCUCAGCAACCCGCCAACAGAGAGUAACAGUUCGGUAGAAUUAGGAGAGAUGGAGAUGGUAGAACAAACCCCGACCCCAAAUCCUCUCACCGUGGCUCUGCAACUUUAUCCAGCAUUUGAAAUUCGUCAGAUAUUGCAACGUUCCCUUGAAGGGAAAUCAAUAGUAAAGAGUUUGGAUGAAAUGCAAUCUAUUACCACCAAACAGAGGAGGCUACUUGUAAGAAUCCUUAUAUCCCACUUGCUGGAAACAAAUGGGGAAAUGCCAUCCUCAGACACAAAGAAAGGACUUGCCAUGGCUUUGGUGUAUGAAUUUCCAUGCCUAAAGGAUGAUACAGGCACUAGCUACGGAGCUUGGUACACACCUGGACGUAAACACAGGCCUGCUACAGGUUUCCUUGAAGAGCGUCUGCGGAAUGUUAGGAAACGGAUGAGAAAGUUAAAGCAACCUGAUCACCUAGAACCACAGCAGGACCAUAUCAUCUCUACACCAGAAUGUGGAGUGCCUCUCGAAAAAGUUCAGGAGAUGGUUGAGUGGUUGAAGGUCCACAAAUAUCCCAUCUCUGAAGUCGAAAAUUAUAUGAAGGAAACGGCUGUUUACAGAGGCAAGUGGAUCCGCAACAAUGGGUCUAAAAGCAUUGCGGAAGUUUUGAAGGAGUUCCCCAGGCUUGUAGACAAUCCUGGCAUGAUUUCACAAGAUUUCUGUAUCCUGUAUCCUGAUGCAGCGAGGAAACUGUUUGAAAACUGGACCACGAUAAGUGAAAGAAUUCUUCCAUAUGCCCAGCGAGAGGGUAAACUGCCCUCAGUACUGGGUGACAUGACACCAGCUGCUAAAGAGGAGACAGCUUUGAAGGUCCUGCCAACUCUGCUUCCCCCAUCCAUCUACAGGAUAGGAGGAAAGGUCUUCAGACCCACCACAGAAGAGGCCCAGAAGUCAUUUAUUGACAUGCAACCUGUUGGGACCAACAUGGUUGAAUAUUUAAACCAUGAGCUGACUGGAGCAUUGCUGCACAUUCUGUGCCUCAGUGAUGAGACAAGGGGGACAUCACAGACCUUUGCCAUUAUUCCAGGCCACGCCAUUGAGACUGAGUCUUUGUUGGAGGCGGUUGAUCUUUGCUUUAAAGCUUUUUUUGUUUUUGAUGUUCAGUACACCAAGCAGUGUCUCCCCACCUGGGAGUUUCUCCAGCAUGCUGUAUAUAAAAUUGAAGGAAAAGAGUCCUCCGCUGUAAAGUUUUUGAGGACAACAGUGGUUUCAGGCCCACAUGAUAUGUAGAUGAUUUUAUGUAUUUUGUUGCUGUUCUUAAAUCAACACAUCUUAAUAAAUUAAAUUGUAAUCAAAUGAGAGUUCA